CCGGCGACCUCAGCGCAUUUUGUCAUUCCAUCCCCACUUCCUCCUUCAGCCCUCCUCCACUUCCUGUCAUAUCAAUUCUGGGCUGGCCCUCCCCUGGUACAUUCCUGUAUACAUACAGGCACACAUCCGAGAGAUUGACCACCUGCUGGGAUCUUAAUUAGGUAGAUACGUCAUUGUCACGACUCCCUACAACCUCGCCUACCCUACCUACGAUGGCCCAGCCCUCCGACUCGGAGCCAUUGGUCUCCCUGUGGACCAGAUCCCUACUUUCGGGCGCAGUAGCCGGUCUCACCGUUGACUGCUCUUUGUACCCCUUGGAUACCAUCAAAACGCGCCUUCAGAAAGCCCGACUCCAUGCGCCGUCGGCCCCAGCUCCUAGCCUGUCCCUGAAGCAAACCAUCCGCGGAAUCUACGCCGGCCUUCCCUCCGUCCUCUUCGGCUCCGCCCCCUCCGCGGCCUCCUUCUUCAUCGUCUACGAUGGCGUUAAACGCUCGCUCCUGACCUCCUCGACUUCGGAAGCUCCGUCCCGCACCCAUGUUAUCCUCACACAUUCACUCGCCUCCUCGAUGGGAGAAGUCGCCGCCUGCGCCGUCCGCGUGCCCACGGAGGUGGUGAAGCAGCGCGCCCAGGCAGGUCUCUUCGGCGGCUCCAGUCUGCUCGCGCUGAAGGACAUUCUCGCUCUGCGACAUCCGGACCCGACCGGCGGUGCCAAGCGCGGCUACGGACAAGUCCUUCGGGAGCUGUACCGCGGCGCGGGGAUCACCAUCGCGCGCGAGAUCCCCUUCACCGUCCUGCAGUUCACCAUGUGGGAGUCGAUGAAGGAGGCGUACGCCAAGCGCUCGCAGGGGCAGUCCGGAGGCCAGAUCCCGGCCGCCACGAGCGCUAUGUUCGGUAGCGUUGCCGGUGCCAUCUCGGCAGGGCUGACGACGCCGUUGGACGUCAUCAAGACGCGAGUCAUGCUGGCUCGCCGGGGUGAUGGUGCGGCUGGGGAGGAAGGUGCUCGCGUGCGCAUCAAGGACGUGGUGCAGGAUAUCUCCAAGGAAGGGAUGGGGGCUUUCUGGAGAGGUAUUGGCCCACGCGUGGCUUGGAUUGGUAUCGGGGGUGCGGUGUUCCUGGGCAGCUACCAAUGGGCUUGGAAUACCCUGGAAAGAAAGGAUCAAUCGGAGCAGUAGAUUUCUGUCAAUUAAUUCGCUGGUAUUGCUA